CACACUAUAGCAUCCAAUUGUAGCGCUCAUUUCCGGCCACACCCCUUUCCCCUUCCCACACAACACAAAGGCAAUCCCCAGCAGCUGCAGCAGUAGCAAGAGCAGUUGUCUCCCUGCUGGUGAAAAUUCACACUUUCAAGAUGUCGGACAUUGAUCCCAGCCCUGCAGAUGAGCAGACGUCGGAAGAUGAGUGCUCACAGGACAGCAAUGAGAUUCCUGUGACUUAUUAUGAAGAAAGACAUUCCCCAGAAUCUGCAAACAAAAAAAAUACUGCAGGAUUUGAUGAUGAUUCCAAUAAAGAUUGUGUCAUGAUAAAUGAAUUAGGAGAGCCGUGUACAACAUCCAGCCUGUUUCCAGAGAUGGACAAGCCACCAGGAGAAAAAUAUGUCUACAACAUACAAGACCACCCUGAGAUGCCUUACACCAGAAUGGCCGACAACUGCUACAGCAUCUUCAAUGCCAUAGAUCCCAAAACUGGAAGAGUAAUGGAAAUGACAACAUAUCUAUGCAUUGAUUGUGGGAAAAGCUUUACGGACAGCGCCCUUUUUCAGAAGCACCAAAAGUCCCACAUGGGGGAGAAACCCCAUGCUUGUAAUGUGUGUGGAAAAUCUUUCUCCUAUAACUCACACCUUGUCAUCCAUCAGCGAAUUCAUGCUGGGGAAAGACCUUUCUCAUGCUCUUACUGUGCAAAGAGUUUUACCGAUCGCCCGUCUCUGGUGAAACACGAGCGGAUACACACAGGAGAGAAGCCCUUCAGUUGUACAGUUUGUGGGAAAAGCUUUACAGACCGGUCAAACCUAGUAAAGCAUCACCGGAUUCACACUCGUGAAAAAUCUUUCACGUGCAGUGAGUGUGGGAAGAGUUUCACAGACCGGUCAAAUCUUGUUAAGCAUCAGAGGAUCCACACAGGAGAAAAGUCUUUUGAAUGCACAGAAUGUGGAAAGAGGUUCACGGAAAACUCAACCUUGGUUGUCCAUCGGAGAAGUCACACAGGGGAGAAGCCUUAUGCCUGCAAAGAAUGCGGUAAGACGUAUUCCUGCAACUCGCACCUUAUCGUGCACCAGAGAACUCACACCGGAGAGCGCCCAUUCGUUUGCCGGGAAUGUGGAAAGAGUUUCACCGACAGCUCAACUCUUGUGAUACACCAACGAGUACACACUGGGGAGAAACCGUUUGUGUGUAUGACGUGUGGAAACAGGUAUACAAAGAAGUCAGCUAUGGUGAAACAUCAGAGGACUCACACUGGGGAAAAGCCAUUCGGUUGCUCUCAGUGUGGAAAAAGUUUCAUUGACAGCUCAUCUCUGGUCAAACACCAGAGGACUCAUACCGGUGAAAAACCUUUUGCUUGCAUUCUGUGCGGGAGAAACUUUGCUGCCCGUUCCACUCUGGUGAAACAUCAGAGGACUCACACUGGGGAAAAACCAUACAUGUGCACCGUAUGUGGGAAAUGCUUUUCUUGUAACUCGCACCUCAUUGUACACCAACGUUUCCAUACUGGCGAGAAACCAUUUCCAUGCACUGAAUGUGGGAAAAGCUUUACAGAUAGCUCAACUCUGGUCAAGCACCAGAGAAUACACACAGGAGAAAGACCCUAUGUGUGUAAUUACUGUGGCAAAAGCUUUAUAGACAACUCAACCUUGAUUAAACACCAAAGAAUACAUACAGGCGAGAGGCCCUAUUCUUGCAAGGUCUGUGCAAAGCGUUUUACAGAUAGUUCAACACUGGUUAAACACCAAAGAAUCCAUACCGGGGAAAAGCCCUAUACAUGUAAUGAUUGUGGAAGAAGCUUUACUGAUUGUUCCACCCUUAUUAAACAUCAACGAAUUCACAGGAGAGGGGAACACCUAGCUAGCACCAUAGCAGGGAACCCUGUCUCUAAACAGCCAGAGUCUGCCAUGGACAAAAAAGUAAAGGUAUAAAGGCGAUGAGAAAUUAAUAGGAAACACACUUUUGUUGAACAGAAAAUGGAAAGGACACCAGAAAAAAGUCCGUGUCUCAUGCCUGAAACAAACAGAUUUUGAGAACAUGUGAAUCUAGAUCUCCUGACUUAUCGCCCCAUACAUUCUUCACUGGGUAGAUAUCAGACUUACACAUCUCUAUGGUAAUCUGCAUGCCGGAAACUGAUACUUGAUACAAUGAAUCAAGCCAAUAUGAAAACCAUAUAUACUUGUAUGUAUUAGGAGUAUCCUUGACUCCCCUUUGUAUUGUUGAAAAUAAUCCUGUGUCAAACACAAGGCUUGGAAGUGGCUGAGCCUUGUAACCCUGUAAGGAACAUUUUGAUGUCCCUGUUCUUGAUCUCACAUUUGCAAUGAAUGAAUGUACUUUUCUGUGGGUUUUUUAUUUCCUCUGUGAAUUUGGUGAUUGCCAGUAUGUCAGAAAUCAGUGUAACAUUUCUGGAUCAUUUUCCUGGUGGUUUUAAGCAUAAACUGGACAAUAAAUUAUACCAUGCGUUAUUGACACUUAGGAGAUGUUACCCGUAGCAACCAAACAGUAUAUAGCUAUCAUAUAUCUAGUGCAGUCUAUGAAAUGACAGCUGAUUGGUGGCUUUGGACAACUUCUGCACUUUAUCUCUCCUGAAGGUUUGAUGCAGCCUUAAAUGACAUUAUAAACUAGUCUACAGACAUUGCCACCAGGAGUCAAGCAGUUCACUCAUAGCGAAGGAGGAGGAGGCAUUUGCGGCCACGUAAAGUAAAGUUAAACACAUGUAUUUGGUGCAAAUAGUUAGAGCCUUAAUAUAAAGCUACAAUACAGUGAAAAGCUGCUAAACCUGAAAUCCAAGUUAAGUCAAUGUGAAAACUCAUCUUGUACUGUCCACAAAUAUAUGCAAUCUUCAAAAGGCUUAGACAUAUGUACAGUUUAUAUGUAUAUCAGUGCUAGUCGGUGUGCUCCUUUAAUUUAUUGAAAUAUGUAUACAAGUAAAUAAAUCAUUUAACAAAUGUA